AUGCUGGAGUAUACUAGGAGGAUACGUAGUGGGAACUUCGAAAAUGUCAUUGAGGAUGACAUAGUCAGUAAUGAUGACGGGGAAGGGACAUCCACGCCUACCAUUUUCACGCCGCUUGACAAAGGCCAACUAUAUGUCCUUAGAAAAGGAGAAUGUUCUCAAGAGUUUGAUUUAGUGAGUGCGUCUUCCCAUUCAUUUCAAGAGUUAAAAUCACAUACAUGUGGGGUGAAAAAUUCGAACUUUAGCGGAAGUGCCACCUUUGCCUACCCCAAAGCCGAAACGUACACUUCUCAUUGUAUUGCGGUUGAAGGUGAAAUUACUAGUAGAUGCGUUCCGAUGCUUGUCGAAAAUGUUGGUUCUGCUUCUUUACAAAAGCUUGGAAUAUCAACCGUGGCAUCAGAUGUUAUCGGGGCACUCUCUUUUUGCACUACAACAACAUUUCAACAAGAAUCAACGACCAACGGAGCUGCUCUUCCAUCUGCAUCGACAUCGGAGCAAAUGAGCAUCACACAUCCUGUCAUUUGGUUUCUUUCUUCGAUCCAACUUCAGGGAUACGCUGGGCAAUUUAUUUAUGCCCAUGGAAUUCGGUCUAUGCAAGAGCUCGUGGAGCGUAUUCGGUGUGAAAAGGAUGCAAAAGCUAUCCUGGGAGAGCAUGCUUCUAGGCAGCACCAAAUCACCUUGUGGAAGGGCUUGAAAAAGUGGGUCCGGCGGAUGGAGAACGAGGCCAAGCGAGAAGGGAAGGGUAAAAAAGCUAAAAGGAUUCCUAAUGGUCGUCCUUUUGCUCAUGAUAAUAUAGAUAGUGGUGAAUCUUUAGCACCCAGAAGCGUCAAACUUCCUCGUACUGAAAAUGCCGGUCAAGUUCGUCUAGGGUUCACUCAGGAACCAUGUGCCGUGGAGGCUAACAGUGGCAAAUUCACAGAACUUAGCUUAACACAGCUUUGCGAUACUCUUCUCUGGGGAGGGCACACCGACCCAAAUCGGAUCACCAAAUUCGGAAAGGCAUCAGAUGGUGUUUGCCCUAGCGGUGUGCGAGAGGGCGGGGCUUUCGAUAUCCUCCCCUGUUCGCUAAAUGCCUGUCGUUUGGGUGCGUCUGUGGCCGCAGCAGAUGAAAGCACCUCAGCAGGGCUGAGUAUUUCUCGAGGGAAGUGGCUAGAGUACCACGGCGAUCUUGACAGCGAGUGCAGUGGAAGCGGUAGGGUUGGCACCCACAGGGGGACCUUGCUGCACCCUCAGCGCACGUUGCCAUCAAAUACCACGCCUGCAGAGGCAAUUGACGUAGACGCAGAGGACUUGGUGGAAAAAGAGGCAAGUAGUGCUCACGCGCAAGUGAGUGCCGAUGUUAUUGCCGCUAAGCAAGCCUCUAGGGCUUUGCUCAAUACCGAAUUGUGGGGAGCGGCGGGACCAUGGUCGCAUUUGAAGCACCCAAACCCAUGUUAUUCAGAUACCGCUCUUUGCCCUGUAGAGCCGACUUCUCAUUUUGGGGUGUUCUGCAGGUCAGGGGGUGGUGAACAGGUCGAAGGCGUCAAGCCCAGCCCCGACACCGUGUAUCCAGAGCAAAGGGAUGAAUUAGUAGAAGCCAAUUCUGACGGCGCGGAUUCAGACUGGGGCAGGCUUGCACAGUCUUUACAGGAUGAUCGGAUGCGCCUUAGUAGUGCAGUUCCAUACAGGGAUCCGAUUGAGCCGCACCAGCUCGAUUCCGGUUGUGGUGAAAGUAGAGGCGCAGCGAGUGCGUCUGAGCAGAAUCCACUUAGUUCCAAAGGACUUAUCCUUUUAGAUGCACAGAGAAGUGUAUUGUUGAGUGACCUUGUAAAUUGUGGCCAAUCUUCACUGCUUUGUACAGAUGAAAGCGAUGUUUACUCAGCUGAGGAGGCAGGGCCGGACGCGCAUUGGGGUGCUAUUGGAAACAGCAAUCAUAUUGAGCACUGGGACGACGUCGUCCCCCAUUCCUAUAGAUGUGUGAAAAGUGCCACCCCGGUGGCGCUAGACAAUGGGCAUUCCAUGCUAUCUAAGAAUUCAUCUCCAAGUACAAGGGUAUGCAUAAAGGAGGAAGAAAGGGAUGAUGUCGCGAAGAUAGACCUACAAAUUACUGCUUCUCAAAGGGUUAUAAGGUAUGGCAACUCUAUAGUGAGUGUUGACUCUGGAAAGUUUUCGAGCGUAAAUGAGGUAAGCUCAGUACAGGGUGCUGAAGAGGCCAUCGAAGGGGAAACAUCACCGACCGUUAAGUUACUUCAGCACAGAGUAGAUAAAAGUACAUCAGAGGGUCUGCAAACUCAUGCCCGUCUUGAUGAUCCCCAACGGCCGCAAGCUGCCCUCAAACUGAGUGGCAGUAUGGGAAACAUAGAACGCAGCGCAGUAAGUGAUGACGUCACAAUGCAACAUAUACAAACUAAUUUUUCUUCAAUAUCUCUGGCCGAUCGUAGUUGUGUGUGUGUUUGCUCAGAGUAUGACGUGGAGGGAGAGUGUGCGUUUGACGACUUUCUCCCCCUAGGAUCUCAAGUUAACAAACUAAGAGAACGGUUAAACGAAUAUGUCACAAAUUCAAAAGAUGAUGCGAUGGAGCAGAAUAUUCGAAUGGAACUCUACCCUGCGAGAUGGGACCCUCCCACGAAUCACAAACUUCCCGCGCCUGUAAUUAAGGAAAUGACGGGGAAACACAUCUUGUCACAUUACACGCCGCUUGGUAUAGAAUAUGCUUAUGAACAGUCGGGAAGCCGUUGUUUAGCUGGUUCACCAAUGCUAUUAUGUGACUGCACAUAUUCCUCUGUGAAUGAUCUUCCAAACACAGAGAGUUUCACAUCGACUGAAGCUGUUGAACUUAUUCCUCUUUCCAAGAAGGGAGUCCAAAAGCCCACCAAAAUGUCGUUGAACACGAGCAGCACUGAAGGUACUGCAUGCUUCAGAGUUAAGGGUGACAAAUCACUUAAGUCAAAAGAAACUCAUAUUCUAGAGUUCCACGAGAGGAACUCCGAAGAGGGAGAGCAAGCUGCAACUGAGGCUAGUGAAGAGGAUUGUUGGCAACAGUUUGGGCUUCAGGCUAUUGAAUCUAUGAUGGAUGUCGCGCACACAGGGCCACUGGUGCAUCCCUUCGUGGAAGAGUUCCCCAUGCGAUCAGAAAUAUCCCCAUCGGCAACGCCCAUCCGCAUCAAACAAACGUCUGCGAUUUCUAGGUGCUGUGGGGAAUGCCUCCAGGACAAUACACCACGCGACGCUGUUGAUGUAACCGUAAUAUCCGAUAGCGAGCCCCGUGUGGAAAGUGGAGAAAGGCUAGAAAGGAGUGACGAUCAGAGGAAAGUUCCACAUUGUGUGCGCGAAGAGAACGUACAGAGUAGCCUUUCCAUGCCGUCUCAAGAGCCCAUUACAGGCCCUAGCGCUCUGUGUGGGGGCGAUCCAGCCUCGUCGAGCUCGCUCUGCGGGGGGUCUGAAGAAUCAGGCGGGGCAGGAUCUACAACUUUGGCACUACAGGAACUAGUUGCCGCAUACCGCAUCGAUCCCUCAUUGGCGCAACUAACCCUGUUCGAUUUGCGAGUUUGGUGCCGUCGGUUGGGGCUGCGGCAGGAUGUCCGUCUCUUCGAUAGCGUUGAGGAAAAUUUGUCGAUGUCAUUUUUUCCCCCUUGUUUGCGCUGCUCGUCAUCUUUGGGACAUGCGCAGGGCAACAGUGAGAUGCCGGAGGAUAAACGACCGGAAUUAACGAGGAAUGAUGGUUCCAAUGAAACAAGGGCAGCUCUCAUUCACCGGGAAAUGAUUGAAGCGGAUGAGCUACGGGCCCGACUGCGUCUUCUGGCUGUUCGUAGCUAUUUUUACCACACGGUUGCGCCAGAGUGCUUGCAUCGAGUGGAGCGCAUAUCUGGGCUACCGUAUAAACCUCUACGUGCCUCAGACUUAAUUGCUCAACAAGAACGAUACUUGCUAACGCACAAAGACCUAGAGUAUGCACGGCAGAGAGCUAAGGAAAUACUACAGGAAGAAAAUGAACGAUGCAUUGUGGCGUCAUUGGCAGGGCAUGCGGUAAUGUGUCUUGAGAAGCGAAUGUUCGAACAUGCCAAACCCCGAAACGGUGGCGAACCAGGCCUUUGCGAUAGGGGGUUGUCUGUCCCUAUUUCUUCCUAUUUCGAUCCGGAUCCAUGUGCCGUGGAGAAUUUAGACGACCUUUGCUUGUUUGAACGUGCACUGAUAUUAGAACCGGUCGACUUAGAGGCCAUGACAGUCGUGGUGCAGAGGGAUUUUCCCUUCAUAUCGCACAGUCGUGUCCAGCAGAUGCUAACCGAGUGUGAUGUGCCGCUGCAGGCGGUGCACCAGCCUGCUUACGCCCGAUUGGCCUCCUCAGAGCUUCAUGCACCCAUCUGCAACCCUGCUUUCCACAUCUCUGAGCAAUCGUGUAGCCAAGUUCUGCACAAUGAGGACUCAAAGAAGCGGAUGAAUGAGAAUGGCAAGGAUGGAUCAUCUUUGUUUGCCGCUCCCCCAGCAGCGAAUUUUUCGGUACCAUUCACAUUAUCACAGUCCAUUGUGAAUACCACACCCCCACUUGAACUGAACGCUUUAUCCCCAGCGUCUCCAACACCUUUGCAAGCAUCACAAACACGGACACGUAGAGAGAAUGCGCGCCGGUUCUUCGCCUCACGUGGGAGAUGGCGUGGUCGAGCAGGAGUUUAUGUCAGACGAUAG